AUCUCUUUGAUUGUUUCGUUUCUUGACUUUGUAGAAACAAUAACCGAGGGAGGUCCCACCCGCAAUCACCACCAUCACCACCGUCCACCGCCUACCGCCGGGGUCCACCGAAUCAUCAUCAACUCACACUACUUACACACAAAGAUCCGUAUAAUAUACUACCACCACCACCACCUCUUUUUAUAUUAAAAAAAUAAAACUUUUUUUUAUUUGUGGGUUCUUUUUCUUUUUUCCUUUUCUCUCUUAUUUGUAUUCACAUUUGAAUAGGAACACCCAGAAAAAAUCUCGUUUAUGUUCUUGAAUUUCUGUGCGUGUCUCUCUCUAUCUUUCAUCUCCCACCUGGAAAACAUUCUUUCUUGGUGAGAGAAGAAGACGGCAGAGAUGAGUUUUGAUUUGAUUUAAUUAAAUCACCCAGAAAAAAAAAGAUUUUUUUUGGUGUUUUUAGGUCACAGAUUCUCUUGAAGACAUCGAAUUAUAUACCCUUUUGGCUUUGAAGGAAGGUGGCGUUUGACUUUUUCAUUUCAAAAGUCUUUAUCUUUGUGUUGAAUUUACGAUGGCUUGAUUUGAUUCAUCAAGAUCUAUACCUCAAUUGAUCGAAGGGAGCAAAAAUGAACGACGAGGCUAAUUCUUGGAUCAGAAGAACAAAAUUCUCUCACACAGUAUGUCAUCGAUUAGAUUCUGCAAGAUUAGCCUCAUUUCUAUCCGAUGGUCAACCAAUUCGAAUCGCGGGUAUAAAAACCCGACCCCCAAAAACUCUCGAAGACCCAAAACCCGCCGAAAUCCAAGCAAAUCCGGUCACAAACAAGUACAGAACCGUAACUCCGCCACCCAAAACCACCGUCCCCGACACCUUCAAAGAAGCAAGGUCAAACACAAAAAGAUUCUCAACCCCACAUCCACAAAGGGUAGAAACGGAAAAAGGGUUUAAAGAAAAGAAGAUGUUUCACAGAAACAUGACUGCUGUUAACGUUAGGGCUCAUGAGAAUCUUUCUAGUCCUCUUAAACAUUUCAAUUCGAUGAAGAUUCAAGAUAAAAAGAAGAUGAAAAGGGAUUAUUCUUGGUCAAAGCUAUUUGACCAUGGUGGAGGGAAGGUUACUUCUGUCGAAACAAUUGAUGAUGUUAUGGUUGACCUUUCAAAGCUUUUUCUUGGCCAUAGAUUUGCUCAUGGUGCAAAUAGUCAACUUUACCAUGGAAUUUAUAAAGAUGAAGCUGUUGCUGUUAAGAUUAUUCGGCUUCCUGAUGAUGACGAAAAUGAAGAACUUGGAGUUAGACUUGAGAACCAAUUUAUCCGAGAAGUUAAUCUUUUGUCACGACUCCACCAUCAAAAUGUCAUUAAGUUUGUAGCGGCAUGUAGACAACCACCGGUUUUCUGUAUCAUAACCGAGUAUCUUUCAGAAGGUUCAUUAAGGGCAUACCUACAUAAACUCGAGGACAAUACCGGAAAAGAAAAAGAGUAUCUUCCGUUACAAAAGCUUAUUAAAAUGUCUUUAGACAUUGCACGUGGAAUGGAGUAUAUUCAUUCACAAGGCGUGAUUCAUAGGGAUCUUAAACCUGAGAAUAUAUUAAUAAAUCAAGAUUUCAAUUUGAAAAUUGCGGAUUUUGGGAUCGGUUGUGAAGAAGCGUAUUGUGAUUUUUUGGCGGAUGAUCCGGGGACGUAUAGGUGGAUGGCACCCGAAAUGAUUAAAAGAAAGGCGUAUGGGAGGAAGGUUGAUGUGUAUGGAUUUGGGCUUAUUUUGUGGGAGAUGGUGGCUGGAACUAUACCUUAUAAAGAUAUGACUCCUAUCCAAGCUGCAUUUGCAGUUGUUCAUAAGAAUCUCCGGCCAUCUAUUCCGGUGGACUGUGCUCCGGCAAUGAAAGCAUUAAUAGAGCAAUGUUGGUCUACACAACCCGAAAAAAGGCCAGAGUUUUGGCAAGUGGUGAAGGUGUUAGAAGAGUUUGAAUCUUUAAUAGCACGUGAUGGAAACUUGAAACUUUUACAACAUCCAACAUGUUUAGAUAAUAAAAAGGGACUUCGCCAUUGGAUUCAGAAGCUUGGGCCUCAUCAUCAACCUCAACAUAACUCUCCCAUGCCUAAACCGAGGUUUUCAUGAAAACUUUGUGAGUUUAUAUUUUUAUCUGGAGAUGUUUUUGGUUGACCGGGUAAUGAUGUAAUUAAAGAAAGUGUUUGUUUUUGAAUUAUGUUUGGAUUUUGUUUAUGUGAAUGGUUAGGGUUUUAUCGAUACAUUGUUGUUAAAGAUUGGUUUCAGACACAUAUCGGUCAUGUUUUGAUGGUGAAUAUGAUUUCGAAUUUUGUGUUUGAAGAA